AUGCGGUCUCUACUCUUCCUCGCCACCAUCUUGCUCUUACUUUGUAUUGUUACAGCUCAAUGGGACGAAGAGCCAUGCGAAGACUCAGAGAACGAUGACCCAGAAUGCCCAGGAGAACCGGACGACGACCCACCAUGGCCAACACCCACCAGCGACCCCGAUCCAGAAGAGACAAGUCCUCCCGAUCCACCUGUGCCUAAACCAACUGGGAUAGGUACAUUCUACAAUGUAACCAUCUACCAGCCCGACAAUUCUGCCCAUCUUCUGACAUCGCCGCGUACGGAGUACCUAACCAACAAUACCAUGCUUGCUGCGUGGAACGAUGCAGCGUCGACCAAUGACACACUCUUAGUCUAUCGAUCGAGCAAUCAUGGCUUCACGUGGCAUCCUCAAGGCGGUGUAAGAUCUACUGUUGCUGGGAGAAGGUUGCUUGAGCCACAUUUAUUGUUCAUUGAAGACUUGUGGAGCGGGAACACAAACGUCACGCUCCUUGCUGUGAAUGCCGUUGAUGUCACAAGCACCAAUAUAGAGUUAUACGCAAGCUACGACCAGGGCGAGACAUUUGAAUUUGUACACCGCAUUGCAGAAGGUGGGCCCAUUAUCUCCGUGGGCGGUGCGGCUGUCGUAGAACCCUUCAUGCUGUAUCAUGAUAAGCGACUUACUGUCUAUUUUUCAGACCAACGCGAUGGCCAACAUGCACAGAAAGUCGUACAACUAUCGACGGAAGACAUGUGGACUACCUGGGGAACAGCGACGGAUGUUACAAGCUCAGCAGCUCUGUCAGAUAUCUUAGGAUCUUUGAGCGCGGCGGAGGUGCGUGGACUUCCAAAUAACCAAUAUCUCUUAGUAGUUGAGUCAAUGAGAAAUGGUACCAGUCAGGUUCAGUAUGGGAUCACUGAAAAUCCAGAGAAUUCAGGCAUAGGACCAUUCAGCGAAGUGCGCACAGCUACCGGGCCGCAACCUAGAGGGGCAUCCUACGUAACCUGGUCGCCGCUCGGCGGCUCAAAUGGAACCAUCGUCUUGUCGGAUUCGACGUCGAGCUCUGUAUUCAUCAACCAAGCUCUUGGUGCUGGGCAUUGGAGAGAAAUCAAAGUCAAGGCUGGUAGGGCAUAUGGGCGGGAAGUGCGCUCAGUACCAAAGGAUAAGACACGAUUGAGCAUCGCCGGAGGAUCAGCCGGACUUUUGAAGGCUGCGGACGUUCUUCUGUCUAUUAUCGAUUUGGAGAAAGCGAUUGCUACAUUGUAA